CUCUGCUCGGGUAAUCCACAAAAUACCGAAAACCAAAACGCGUUGCGACGCGCUGCAGAAGAGCUACGUGAAAUCACAACUACAACAGCCAAUACGCCGGCCAUCAAACGAAAUCUUAUACAUCGGUUGGAGUACUGCUCCAAGCAGGCUGCUUCGGCUGCUACUCAGUGCAUUUCGGCGGCACAGAACGCGGUGCAGCAUAGCGACGACCACCAAACCAAGGAGCAACUGCUGCAGGACUGUAAGCGCGCAGCCGACACGAUUCCACGACUCGUGACAUCGGUGAAGACAACUCGUUCCAACCCGGAUGAUCCAAAUGCGCAGCUGAAUCUGAUAGAAGCUGCCGAGCAAUUCAUUGAACCGGCCAUUCAAGUCUCGCGAUCUGCGCGUGCUCUACAGCCUACAGUUACCGACAUACCGUCGGCCACUCAACUUUCGAAGAGUGCAUUAUACCUUGGUCAAACUGUGUCCGAGUUGAACUCGGCGGCACAGCGUGCGCGUGAAGCCUGUGGCGGCCAAGAACUCGAAUCUGCUUUGGAGGCGGUACGCAAUCUGCACAACGUUUUGGAUGACACUCGCAAGGCAGCACAGUCAGGCAAUAUUCGUCCACUUCCCGGCGAGACUGUCGAGAAUACUGCCCAGCAAUUGCGUGUAUCUGCCAAAAAUGUGGGCAUUGCGCUCAGACAACUUUUGUCCUCAGUUAUACAAGAGCAACGCCGGUAUGCAGGCGUGGCUGGACGCGAUACUGCAUUGGCGCUCGGUGAUUUCACAAAGAGUGUACAUGGUGUAGCUGCGACCACGAAGAAUCCAGUCGUAAUUGACUGCGCCGACGAAGUAGUUUUACAUUCUGCACGGCUGAUUGAGGAAGCACAGCGCACGCUGCAAAAUGUCGGCAGCACCGACGCAUUGACCCAGGCUGGUCGCGAUGUUACAGUCGCGCUUUCGAAGACUGUCGACUGCAUACCGGGUCAGCGCGAAGUGGACAACGCCCUGCGCAAUGUGAGCGAAUUAAGUGAGAUACUCUCGAUGAGUGAAUUCCCACCAACGGAUCGUAACUACAACACGUUGCAAACAGAACUGAAGCAGGUGGCAGAGGGACUCAGUGUAGCCGGCGGGCAAAUCGUGCAAGCCUACAAUAGUCCCGCGCAGCUGGCGGAAAGUAGCCAAAACUUCGCCGGAAAUUACCGUGAUCUACUAGCUGUCUCAAUGGAGAUGGCUGGCCAGACGCAGGAUGAGAUAGUGCGCUCCGAAAUGAUUGAUCGCCUGCGCAAUGUCUCUACGCAAUCUUGUUCUCUGUUAUCUACAGCCAAGUCCAUUGCUGCUGACCCGGGCCAACCGAAUGCCAAGAAUCUUUUGCACGCAGCAGCUCGAAGUGUCACCGAAAGCAUAAACAAACUUGUCGACGCCAGUAUACAGUCUGCGCCAGGACAAAAGGAGUGCGACAAUGCAAUGCGCAAUAUUGAGGCGCUCCGCGUGAUGCUCGACUAUCCGCACGAGCCCAUUAACGAACAGGGCUACUUCGAAUGUGUUGAAAAUGCGACAAAUAAGUCACGCAACCUGGGCUAUGCCAUUUCGGAAAUGAUUAACAAUGCCAAGCAAUCAAAUCACGUUGGCUUUGGCCAGUCGGUGAACACUGUCGCUGAGUCCAUACACAGCUUGAUAGAAUCUUCAGCGCAAGCAGCCUACUUGAUAGGCGUUUCGCACCCCAGCAGUGUAGCUGGACGGCCCGGCAUCAUCGAUCAGGCGCAAUUAUCCUGGGCGUAUCAGGGUAUUCGCCAGCACUGUGACAUCGUUAGCAGCGGCAAGUCCACGAAGCAGCAAAAGAUAUCUGCACUAACGGUAAUCGCCAAGCACACCAGUUAUUUGUGCUCCAUAUGUCGUCAAGCCAGCAUGAAUACCAACAAUCCGGUGGCGAAGAACGAAUUCAUUGUGUUGGCCAAGCAAGUUGCCACGGCUACGUCUAACUUGGUGCAGGAAAUAAAGAGCAUUGAAGAUGAGCCUUCGACUCCGACACGCGCUCGUCUCGUGGAGCCAUUGCUAGAAUCUGUGAAAGCCGUUCGGCAAUAUGCUUCCAGCCCGGAAUUCAUCUCUGUGCCGGCGAAAAUUUCCGCUGAGGGACGCAAGGCUCAAGAACCAGUCAUUAACGCAGGACGCGGUGUUAUCGAUGGUGUCAUCGAAAUGGUGAAGGCUGCUAAGUCAUUGGCACUCUCACCCGACGAUCCGCCAGUGUGGCAACAGCUCUCAAAUGCUUCAGCUCCCGUUUCCGAAUCGGUGAAGCGUUUGGUAGACAACAUCCGCGAAAAGGCACCCGGUCAGGCACAAUGCGAGCAAGUCUUGCACACACUGAAUACGUGCACCCGUGAAUUGGACAGCUGUGCCAUGGCGGUGAGCGCUCAGGGAUUGAGUCAACGCCGCGACAAUAAUUUGCACGGAUUCAGUGGCCAGACAUUGAACUCUGCCGCUGAGCUAAUUGACAAGCUUGAGCCCAUACGCAUGGCUGGCAAAAAUAAUGCAGAACAACUUGGCCAUGCUGUCGGCGAGAUCUCGCGCUAUAUUGUGCCAAUGGUGAAUGGUGCGAUUGGUGCUUGCACCCACAUCGUCCACACCAAUCAGCAAAUGAGCCUCAUCAACCAAACAAAGUCGGUUGUGGAGAGCGCCGUAACACUUGUACAAGCAGCCAAGGACUCCGCCGGCAAUCCGCGCUCUACGCACGCCCAUUCGCACUUGGACGAGUCCAUCGAUUACACGCGUCAAGCCAUACAGGAACUCACGGAGACAGUGGAAAAGAUCAACGCCGAAAUGGGUGUGGUAACUGGUCUGAUGGAGCAAGUGAAUCGUGCCAUUACGCGCCUGACCGACAAGCGUCAAUCGCUGCUCAAUGCCUCGUACUCGGACUCAUUUGUCGAUUACCAAACACGCAUGGUGCAGUCAGCCAAGGAGAUCGCCCGCCUGGCCAACGAGAUGAACGCAACAACCAUUGAACCCCAGCUACUGCCGCAACUUGCCCUGGAAAUGACGCAGCAUUACACGCAAAUCACACAGGAUUCGGUAGGUGCAUCCACCACAACAUCGACACCGGAUGUAGCCAUGCGCAUUCGCUCGACUGUCGUUGAUUUGGGUGGGUCCGUGAGCUCCAUGAUACAAUCAGGUGCUGCUGGCGCCCGCCCCAAUGACACCUCCACCCAGCAUGAAAUCUCUCGCAAUGCACGCGACGUCUCUGAGAAGGUAGCACAAGUUUUGGCUGCGCUGCAAGCCGGUUCGCGUGGCACCCAAGCUUGUAUCAAUGCCGCGCACACAGUUUCGGGCAUUAUUGGCGACCUCGAUACGACCAUCAUGUUUGCUACCGCCGGUACUUUGCAUUCGGAUGGCGAUGGCACAUUCGCAGACCAUCGCGAACACAUUUUGCAGACCGCCAAGGCGCUUGUGGAAGACACGAAAGUGCUAGUCACUGGCGCGGCUGGCACACAAGACGAGUUGGCGAACGCCGCACAGAAUGCCGUUUCAACUAUACUGCAACUUGCUGAAGCUGUUAAACGUGGCGCUUGCAGCCUUGGCUCGACACAACCAGAUUCCCAAGUUAUGGUAAUCAAUGCCGUGAAAGAUGUAGCCUCCGCCUUGGGCGACUUGAUUAACGCCACCAAAUUGGCAUCUGGCAAACCCAUACAUGACCCAUCGAUGCAAGAUUUGAAGGAGAGUGCUAGGGUAAUGGUGCUAAAUGUGUCUUCGUUGCUAAAGACCGUAAAAGCUGUUGAGGAUGAGCACACACGUGGUACGCGUGCCAUGGAAUCCACCGUUGAAGCCAUUUCACAGGAGAUACGCGCUAUUCACUCACCACCUCCACCUGGCAGCGCACAAUGCGGUCCUGAAGAUUUGAUACGCGUCACGAAGAAUGUGACAUUGGCAACCGCCAAGGCAGUGGCCGCUGGUGCUUCCAAUCUGCAAGCCGACAUUGUAGCCGCCGCCAAUCUGGGCAGACGCGCCAUUUCGGAAAUGCUGCUGAUUUGUCGCUCGGUCGCUUGGAAUUGUGCAGAAACUGAGGAAUUGCGUCAGCGUACACUCGAAGCGGGUGCCGCUGUUGGCGAGUCCUAUCGCGAACUUUUGAAUGGUAUUCUGCACAAUUGUUCAGCCGACGAUCGGGUGCAUUUGUCGCGUCGCGUUGCCAAAAGUGUUACCGAUCUGGUUGCGAUGGCACGCUUGUUGAAGGGUUCCGACUGGAUUGAUCCCGAAGAUCCGACAGUGAUUGCUGAAAACGAAUUAUUGGGUGCUGCAGCAUCCAUUGAUGCGGCUGCUAAGAAAUUAGCAUCGCUGCGUCCGCGGCGUCAACCGGAUGUAAAGAUUGAAUUGGAUGAGAAUAUGAAGUUCGAUGAAAUGAUCCUGGAGGCAGCGAAGGGCAUCAUGGCAGCCUCUUCGGCGUUGGUGCGCGCUGCCAAUGCCGCUCAACGUGAAUUGAUCGAUCAGGGCAAAGUGGCACGACGUCCACUGACCUCAUCGGAUGAUGGACAAUGGUCUGAGGGUCUGAUAUCUGCUGCUCGUCUUGUCGCUGCAGCUACGCACAGCCUCGUUGAGGCUGCACAGAAUUUGGUGCGUGGAGUGGGCACUGAAGAGAUGUUGAUUUCCACAGCCAAGCAAGUAGCCGCAUCAACAGCUCAGCUGCUCAUCGCAUGCAAAGUGAAGUCAAAUCCGAACUCGGAGGCAGGACGCCGUCUACAAGCCGCUGGCAAUCAGGUUAUAAAGUCCACGGAGAAUUUGGUGCGCGCAGCCCAACAGGGUCUCGAAGAUGAAGAGGAGAAAACGCUGAAAAUCAAUACAUCGAUGGUUGAUGGCAUGGCACAGGAAAUUAACGCGCGAUCCGAUGUGCUGCGAAUGGAGAAGCAAUUAGAAGAGGCGCGACAAAAGCUCAUUACCAUUAGGCAUGCGCGAGCGCUGCAGAAGAAGGGGCAAGGAUUCGGUACGGACGAAAGCGACACGGAGUACGCGAAUUCCACCUAUGGAACACUGCAGAAAAGUCAAAAUAAUACACUAAAUCGUUCGGGCUACCCUUCGGAAGUGCCGCCCACCUCACCGAGCUAUUACAGUCAGCAGCAGCAGCAAGGCAAGCAUCAUUACAACUACGCAACACACCCACAACACUUCCACCAUCCAGCUGCUGUAUCACCGCCGCCGCCGCCCAUGAGCCAUCAAUAUUCCAGCGGCGCUGAAGUGAACGGCAGCAUUGAGCUGCCACCGCCACCGCCGCCACUAUCGACGACUCUAUACAACAUGCAAACAGCCACGGCAUCGGGCAGCGGUGCCGGCAGUUCCUUUAGACCUAACCCAAAACUAACAGCCAAUGCGGUGCCACGCCCCUACACCGGUAGUGCAGGUGGCGUCAGCAGCAGCAGCAGCUUACUAGGUACUAACGGUGGUGGUAGCGCUAAAUACACUCAAUCACCCAGUCCCGUAGCGAAUGUCAGUAAUUACCAGCAACAAUCUUUUGAAAAUGCAACAACAACAUCGGCCACAAACGCCCAUCAAUCGGCGCUACCCACAUCGCAGUCAACCACUCAGAAAUCGACCGCUGUCAAUCGGAAGCUAGAAGCCUGUGUAAAAGAUUUACACGACAAAACAUUCGGCCAAGGCGGUGUAGUGCAGAUUACCGGCGGUGGGGCAUACCCUGGUCAAAACUAUGAAGGUUACACCUCCAGUUAUGAAACUCGCAAUUUCGAGCAGAGCGAUGAAAUGGUGGAUAAACCCUUGGAUUCGAGCUUCUCACAAAUGACACUUAGCACCGAUGGCGGUAAAGUCAGCAUAAUUGAUCAGGGCUCCGAAAGGUUGACGUCGAUGACGCAACGUGUAAUGGAACGCAAAACUUUUAGCAGCACUACCGAGAUGCAUUCGGAAAAGAAGACACACAGUUUUCGCAUGGAGUAGAUUAGUUUUAGAUUCGAAUACAAAAAAAAAAUACAUACGCAUAACUACAUUUACAUGUAUGUAUGUAAAUAUAACUAAAAUGGCAAGCAUGUUGGUGCUAUCCUCUGCGGUGUGUCAGCAGCAGCCGAAGCUUUGCCUCGAAGUUUGCUUAUAGAAUGCCACUGCGCCACUAAGGGCGCUUGAAAACAAAAAAAAAAUUGUCAAAAGUGCUUUUAACUGAACUAAUUUAUGUAUGUAUAAUAAUCUAUAAUAAUGUCUAGAUAUUAGUAAAUAUUAAUUGGAGUUUUAAAAUGUUCGCCGCCGUUUUUUAUGUCGCAGCCAAAUACUUGCAAGCAAAAAAAACACACAAAAACAAAUAAAACUACUCCGAUUUGGUGUUCGAAUAGUUCAAUUUGUAUGUCCAGUAGUCGCUGUAUUUUUGAUGUAUUUGUUUAAAUGUAGAAAUGUGUAUUUAUAUAACAUUUUAAUUAUAUAACAAAAGUUUACAACGAUUUUCAGCCAGAAUUAAAAUGUUUGCCAACAUGUUGCCCUGUAAUUGCAUAAUAAAUAAUUAAAAUAACACUAUUAACGGUAUUAAAAUAACGAUUAAAAGCGAAAUACAAAAAAAAAAAAUAAACAUAAAUGAGAAGAGUUGGAGUUGGUCCUUUAUUUUAAAUUAUUUAUUGACCAUCACGCUUUGUGGUAUCCAAAUUAUUAUAAAAUAGCUUUUUAUCGAUCGUGAUUAAUUUUUUAAUAACUGUACGCAAUUAUUA